CCUCCGCGGGGGCGGCGCCGUGACGGACGCGCGCGACUCUGUCCGCGUGCUGUGCAACAACGAGCACUGCACGGCGGGCGCGCUCAUGCACCGCGAGUGCUUCGAGCAGUGGGAGGCGGGCGUGCUGACCUACCUCAAGUCGUGCGGCCGCGCGCGCUCCUGGUCGGAGCGGCAGCGCCACCAGAACCUGUGGACCAAGAAGGGCUACGACCUGGCGUUCAAGGCGUGCGGCUGCCUGUGCGGCCGCGGCCACAUCAAGAAGGACCUGGACUGGGGCGGCGAGCAGCAGCAGGAGCCCGGCACCACCCCGCCCCCGCCUCCGCCGCCGGCCGCCCCCAAGAAGAAGAAGCGCCGCAACAGGCACAACGGCGCGCCGCGGCCGUCGCUGGUCAACUCGCACCACGGAGGCGGCGGCCGGGGGCCGGAGGAUCCUGCGGCGGCGGCGGCGGCGGCGGCGGUGGCCCGGGGGCGGGCCGGGUCCAUGUCCUCGUCCAACGAGUCCUCUUCGUCGCCGCCCGCCUCCAGCGAGCAGAGCAUCUCGCCGGCGCGCAGUUGCAACCGGCGCACCAAGUCAGAGUUCUUCUCAGACCGCUCCAGACCCGGCAACGGCGGCAACGGCAUCUUCGCCAGGCGGCAGGACUUCAGCUCCUUCAACUCCCUGCCGAGACACAAGCUCAACUCGUACCAUAUCAAGAUGGAGGACGAGGGUAACCACGGCAACGACGAGACGCGCUGCUUCAUCCUGUCGACGCUGGCGGCGGUGCACGCGGCCCGCGUCCCGUGCCUGCUGUGCCGCGACAGCCUGGCCGUGUACGACCGCUACCCGCUGCUGGACGGCACCUUCUUCCUCAGCCCGCGGCAGCACGCGUCCUUCUGCUUCGAGGUGAAGGUGGAAGGACGCACGCAGUUCCUGUCCGCCGUGUGCAUGUCCUGCCUGGAGGGAUGGCCUCCGGAAGGACCUCUUCGCUGCCGCUGCUGCGGCGCCCCGUGGGACGGGUCCUCCCUGGUGCUGGGCACCAUGUACUCGUACGACAUCUUCGCCGCCAUGCACUGCUGCCUGGACCGCUCCAGGUGCAACAACUGCCAGAGGCCCAUGUUGCUGGGACACCAGAAGCUCAACUUCUCCGACUACAGCCACCCCGUGGCCUGUCCCGCCUGCAGGGUCGUCGACUCGCACUUCGUCAAGCCCCUGGCCCUCUGCUACUCCAGGGACGCGUACCGGCCUUAACACAGACACAUCGUCUAGCGCCGCAUCCCCUCCCCUCACCAUCCUCCUCCUGCGCCCUCCCUGCCCGAAGACCUCGGCUCCUCUCGCCGUUCGGCCUCCCGCGAGAUCUUCCCAAAAGUCCCAUGGAUCUCCCAGCUGCUGCCGGAGGUCCUCAGCGGGCAGUGUCCACCCUUUUUCCGUUCCCGCGACCCCUCGCCUCUUUCGCCCCUUGGCCUAUCGCAGCUGAUCUUCCUGCUCGCCGUGCGCGGGGCACAGCGACCCUGUACUCCCGCGGACGUUCCCAUUCCCGGCAAGUCCCAAAGCGCGCGCAGUCAACUUGCUUCGGUGUCAGGUUCGUGCUUCCCAGCGCCUUCUCCGUUUCACCCUGCUGCACAUGACACGUCGGGUCCAACCAAUCUCCACGCUGGACCACAGAGAGUCCAGCGCCUGAACCUUCAGUAAGUCUGCGCAUUAUGUGCACGUUGGACAAUCCACCAGCGAAAAACUCUUCCAGCAUCUGCCAUCAGAAGUACAGGAACAUCAAAAUUUUUCCAAAGUGUAAACGUAUGUGUCCAGUGGCCCAUUGUCCAAACAGGUUUUUCUGACCGGUCUUUCGUGAAUUCGGACAUACAUCAUGGAUGAGCUACAGCCUAUCCACCAACUCUCGUUGCUUCAUGAAUUGCGCCGUAUCCCAUCCCCCACUGUUUUCCCCGAAGUGCGGCUAAACAGCAUCACCAGUGAAGUGGUCUCGGAGGACAUAUUUUGUGAUCUUGUUUGAACAAGUUUUUGUGAUCUGUUUCGAUAACUGCCCACGUAGGACAUGUUCCUACCGUAUCUUUUCUCUUGUUCGUAUCGUUAGAUUUCGAAAUAGUUCAUAAAUUUGUGUCUGUGGUGUUUUUUUUUUUUUUUAAGUGAAGUAAAGCAAUUUUGGAAUUACAAUUUUUUUGUGAUAUCUCGCGCGUGUUCUGUGUUGCGUGUGUACUUCUCAAGUCAAUAUCAUGAGUGGAAAGAUAUUUUUUUUUGUGUCAACGUUGAGGUGCGGGCCGAAUGUAGAUACACUUGUACUUAUCAUCCUUGCAUCACGUACUGAUUGAUCCCCUCCUAGUGCAGAACGAACUAUCGACACGAACAAAUAACAAAUUGAAGUUAUACUUGGCUCGCACCUUGACGACAGUGGACCUUAGGCUGAUUGUGCUGUCAUUGAGAGAUACUAACAGUUUUGAUCAGAAUAAAAAAUAUAUGUGCGUCCCUGUAUUCAAUGAGAAUUCAGUUACAUAAUGAUUCUACUUUGGUGAUGGUAAGCAUAAGAGAAAGAAUUUUGGCUACUGCAUUGACUUCCUUAUAUUGUUAGUUAAACAUUUGUAUAGAACAUUACACAGAUAUAAGUGAAGUGUGGUCAAAUAUGUGUAUUUCACUAAAGGAGUUUAUCUUAUGCAUGUACCAUGUAUUUGGUUUGUUACAUUAAGCGAUCAGGACGGUUUGUUUGGGCUCGCUUUCCAAGCUUUUGGCAGUUGUCAUGGAAUAAUGAUUAGUAUAUUUGAUUUUAUCAAUAAAAUACAAUAAGUAUUUUAAUGUGAUCUCGUUAAUUUGCCUAUUCAAGGUAGUGUUCAUUCCACACUACAGGGCAGCUUUCAGGUAUCUUACAAGUGCUAGUUUUCUGGGGUGGCUCAGAUGCGCCAAUAAUAAGGUUGCGCUGUGCAAGGUCCUAAGAUAUGACAUUCAAGAGUUUAAAUCCCAUAAUUCGCCCUUCUACAAAGCCCGCCGUUAAAUGAAGCGGUGCAUUAUUUUAUUCUUCAAGGUAUAGCUUAUGCAAUUUUUGUACAUUUUCUGUUUAUAAACCUGGCCAAUAUUUUAAGAUUUAUUUUUGAAACAUAGUAAAUCAUUAAUUGUAUUUACGACUGACUAAAAUUUUCUUUUAAACACAUGGCCUACACUAUUUUUGUGUACAUUUAAUUUUGUUUUAAUUGGACCAGACUCAUUCAGCACACACAUGUGUAUAACUUCAGUUCAGUUCUGUUCAGGUCUAUGAAUUAUAUGGAAAACACUAUAGAAUUGUGUUUUUUUUUUAUUUGCGCAUUAGUUAUUUCAUAAUUAUUUUAUUCCUGAAAUGUCUUUUCUCCAAAGUAUCUUAUCAGUGUGGACAUUUUGACGUUAAAAAUAUUGUUAGUCGAUUGAUACGUGAGCAUAUUGUGACAAUUGCGAUUUGUUACUUUUGUAAUGUUACAUCUGCCUUUAUCACAAUAACGUAACGUCCCAAAAAAAAUUGGACGCCAUCUGAGCACCUCAUGUUCAACCAGCACUACAUUGUGGAGAGCUCCAAGACUUGCACUGGGCACAGUCACCGUGUAGUUGAUUGUUUAGGCUGCUUGAAGUGUUUCUUUUUGUUAUCUAAACGUAUUUGUAUGUGAACUUUGUACUUACUAGAUUGUAAAAGUCCUUUCGUUUUUGAAGGAAAUCGAGCUUUAAACAAAAAGUCUUUCACUGCCACCAGAAAUAAAAUGAUCUGUCAGUGUUCAACCCUUUUAAUUUCAUUUCAGCUCUGGCAGUUUUAUCAUAAGCAUAAGCAACUUGUUUAUUUUUUUACAUACUGUCAGUUCCGCGUUAGCAUUUACUUUCCUGCUGUUUGGAUAAUCUAACAUAGCUGGAAUACGCAAAAAAAAUUGCUUUUCCUUUUUUUGUACCACAGUGAUAAGAUAAGCAAAACCUUAUGUAAAUAAUGCAAAGUUAUUUAGGUAGUUGACCUUCCGCACAUGCAUACAAAAAUCACUACCAAAACCACUCAAAGCAAUACGUACAAACUUUCUUAACUCUGAUUUUCACCUGUUUUCAAGAAAACAAAACUAACUUUAUCUAAUGCUCGUAUUUUUUUGUUAGGAAAUUUUUUUUUUACACGAAAACCAAAGGUACAAAAAUACGUCACCUCAUAAUUUACGUAAAAGUUUCAAGAGAAAAUAAAAUGAAGAUCAUAUUGUUAAUUAUUGGUUGAUAAAUUGUUAUUGCAUGCAUAUGUUUAUCACAAAUCAUAUAAAUUAUCACUCUCUGCUGCCCAUUCUCUUGUUAAUCCACAAUAGCGGCGACGUAAAGACCGUUGCGGCAAUCUCAGUUUCCUACGCUAUAGUUGUUAAACUGGAGCUGUUUCCAUUUUAUACUCGGAGAUUUAUUCUACAGUCUGUAUCACGCUCAGAUUGCAGUAUAGAGCAAAUGGCACCCACUGAUGCUAGAUUGAUGCUACCCCGCUUGUUAACAUUAAAGUCCUUAUUUCGUAUAUGACUGAUAAAUAUAGUAGGUUUUAAUAUGUAUUAAAUUAUACUGUUGGUUCAUUUUUAUAUGACCAAAUAAUAGCAUAUUUUGAAACUAUAAUAUACAGUUGUAUCCUUUCUGAAAGGAAAAAAAGAUAUACAUUACAAACAUGAAUUAUUAUUUCACAAGAGAAACUGUUUGUAACAGUCGGUCAUUAUUAAUAAUAAGACACUCCACUUAUUAUAUGAACUAUGGUCAAACAGAUGCAAAAAAAAUGUAAUAUUAAAUUAUAUCAAAAUUUCAAUGGCGAAAAUUGUUGAAAGCAAGAUGGCGUCUUUUAAUUACGUUUUGCUAAAUUAAUAAUUGAAUACUAUCAGAUGAUUCUCUUGAUGAAACACAAGAAAACUCGCGCACAGAAACAAAAUGUUCUGUGCUUUCACAAAAAUAAAAAAUUCCUUCGGAAACCAGUUGCCAAGAAAGACUUUGUAACUUUCUACAAUAAAUGGCGAUUUUUUUUUUGCAUUCAUUGAAUGCGUUUUUUUUUUUACCCCAGAUGGUAACGAGUAUUUCUUGAGAAAAUUGGCGCAUGAUGUUAUAUAUUCUAAUUGACGUUUCGUUCAAGCAAUAUUAUUUUUUUAACGUGGAAAAAAAACUUGAAUAUUCCGAAUUGGACUUUAUUUUGUUGUGCCAUGCUUAUUAAAGAUAUUAAGUUAACUUUUGGAGGUACCGGGACAACACAAAGCAUAAAUGCCUGGGUUAAGAAUCCGAACCCGGUGUUACUGCGAACACUGUUUUUUUUUUUUUUUUUUUUGUGGUGGUAAGAGUUUCUGUCUCCGUUUACAAAAACAAAUAAAUAAAUUACGGCGUGAAUUAACUCUGAACGUGAGAUUGCCCGCUCGCGACUGCGGCCGGUGUUGCGGGAGUAGCGAGCGGGGCGCGGGCAGCAGAGGGUCAAGUUAAACAGUCGGGUGCGCGCAACUUGCGACCUCCCCCCCCCCCCCCCCUUUUCGUGAGCCGAGCGCGGGACCGUUGUUGUUGUUUUUGUCGAGGCUGCUCGGAGCUAUGUCGGCCGUGUUGGCUGGCUCUGGGGCUUCCGUGGUGCGACCUCUGUGGGCGAUUGUGUGCCUCUUCCCCCCUGUUCUACCCUCCCCCUAACACACACGCGUCCGCGGGACUUUGUUUGGCGACUCUGCCCACGCGGCACGAGCCAGGAAAUGAAAAAGGGGGACGAAGCCAUAGCCCUUAGAACUACUCCGUUCGCGUUCCCUCGUUCGCUCAAGCUUUACAAAAUAUAUAUAUAUAUAUAUCCCGCUAAAGAAUUGUUUUUCACAGCGACAAUAAUUUUCAACGUAGUAACUAUAAAUUACAAACUUUUCAAACUCCACAAAUUAAAAAAAAAGCGUAACAUUUUAAUGUAUCUCAAAAUCACCAAACUUGCAUAAAAACUUUUUUUUUUUUUGCAAUUUCACACCACCCCCCUUGUGUACCAUUCGCACUGAAAGGCUUGUAGUGUGAAAUUGUCCCGAAUACAAAAAGACUCCAGUUUGGUAAAAAAAAAAAAAAAAAAAGUAUCUGUGCUUUAUUUAAUUUUCCAUUUUUUUUUUGUAAACUGGACGAUGGGGGAAAAAAAAUAAAUACUGUGCGAAUGAAAUUUGGGCGCACCCGAUACUUCUCAGUACCUUUCAUCACGUUGUUUUAAAAUAGAGAAAUUUUAUAUUACUUCGUUACCUGAAGGAUUACAGGUUGAAAACAUGUUUCACCAGAAAGAAGAAGAAAAAAAAAUUAUAACUCUGUAAUAAAAAUAUAUGUAAGACAUGUAAUGGAUUUUUUUCCUCUGUAAACAAGCUUCACAUGAAUAACUCUGUACUCAAAAAUGUAACCGCCAGUGUAAGAUAUCAAUCAGCCUGUCUCAUUGUGCCUGGGGCAGACACGUGCUGUUUGCUUGCAGGGUGUAGAUAAAGCACUUGUCGAGUGUCACUUGUCACCUCUGCUGUGUGCACCACCAUGAAAGUCUUAGUUUUGGGAGUUCCGCCUUGAAACCUCGCGAAUAACUCCACAAUAGUCAUGGUUUGACUACGAAGGGGAACUAUUCUUCUCUCCUCCCCUUAUCCUUUUUUUAAUUUUUUUUUGUGUUAGUUAUUAUUUAAGGGCGUGUGCCCCAUUCCAGUUCAUUAUUUUAUAAUUACGUUCCACGCGGUUAAACCUCCCGACUUUUAAGUUUUAAGUAUCAUGCUUUUUGCAUAAGUAGCGGGCAAAGUUGCAUUUCUGACGUUUUUGUGCAUUAUUGAUAAGGGGUAUUUUAAUGGAGAAACGAGAACUUUUUAGGUUUAAAGUAAAUUAUACUUGCUGCAAUGUUUUUUUUUUCCUUUCAGAACAAAUUAUUUAAUUUUUACGUGGCUGUUUUAAAUAUCAUUGUAUGUUUUAAAAGACUGAACCAAAUCAAAUAUAUUUUUCCUAAAAUAAUUUAAAAUCAUACCACGCAGUAGCCACCAAUAUCGCA